AUGGCUCGACAUGUACGAAUAAAGCAGCUACCGAAGCUGACCGCGCGAUCAAUUCCCCAAGCCCCAUCCCAACAUGUCCAAUCUCUCCGCACCUUCUCCGUCCUCAACCGCCCUCCACCAAACUACAAGGGCCACAUCCCAUUGACACGCCUCGAGCGCCUCAGUCUUGUCCUCGGCUCCGGAAUCGGGAGUUUUCUCGAUCCACGACGAGGAGAUCUCAUCGCCUCCUUCGGCGAAGCAACCGCCCAACCCUACUUCAUCUACAAACUCCGCGAUCGCAUGCUCCUACACCCCACCGGCCGCCGCAUCCUACGCGAUCGACCACGCCUAACUUCCACAUCCCUCGAUAUACCGCGGCUAAGAAAGCUACCGCAGAAUACACUGGGGUAUGCGUAUGCCGCGUGGCUGGACCGUGAGGGCGUCUCACCUGAUACACGGGCGCCGGUGCAAUACAUUGACGAUGAGGAAUGCGCGUACGUCAUGCAGCGGUACCGCGAGUGCCACGAUUUCUACCACGCGCUUGUAGGUCUCCCUGUCUUCCGCGAGGGCGAAGUAGCACUUAAAGCGUUUGAAUUCGCGAAUACGGGUCUGCCGAUGACGGGGCUCGCAGUGUUUAGUGCGUUUACGCUGAAGAAAGCAGAGUGGCGCCGCUUCUGGGAUGUGUAUGGGCCGUGGGCGGCAAGGAAUGGCGCGUUGAGUGGCGAUGUGAUUAAUGUUUAUUGGGAGGAGGAGCUUGAGACGGAUAUUGAUGAGUUGAGGACAAGGCUCGGGAUUGAGAAGCCGCCGGAUUUGAGGGCUAUGCGUGGGGCGGAGAGGGAGGCGCGGAAGAGGGAGAAGGAGGCGAAGGAGAAGAUGGCUCGUGCUGUGUGA